AUGCCUUCAUUAAAUACCAACCAGAGUGGCAACGGUAAUGCCGCUACCGGCCGCCCCCUCCCAUGUGGCAUUUACGCACCUGUCAUGACCUUCUUCGAUCCGGAGACUGAGGAGGUUGAUAUUCCUGCAGUAAAGAAGCAUGCCGAACGCCUAGUACGCAGCGGCCUCGUUGGUAUCGUGACCCUCGGCUCCAAUGGCGAGGCUGUCCACUGCACCCGUGAAGAGAAACUUGCCGUUACCAAGGCCACGCGUGAAGCACUCGACGCCGCCGGGUUCGAAUCAACGCCCAUCAUCUUCGGAGGCACUGAGGGCAGUGUCAAGGGCACCAUCGAGCUGAGCAAGCUAGCUGCCGAGAACGGAGCCGACUACAACAUGCUUCUCCCCCCUUCCUACUACAAAGCCCAAACAGACACCGAGGCCGUAGUAAACUACUUCCGAGCUGUUGCCGACGGGAGCCCUCUGCCCAUCAUCAUCUACAACUACCCCGGCGCCGUUUCUGGCACUGACUUGGACAGUGACACCCUGAUUGAACUCGCUCAACACCCUAACAUCGUGGGCACCAAGUUCACAUGUGGAAACACUGGAAAGCUCACCCGCGUAGCGCAAGCAACAGACGCCAAGACCCCCUUCCAGCAAGGAUCAGGGUAUAUGGCAUUCGGUGGCAUGUGCGACUUCACGGUCCAGACCCUCGUAAGCGGCGGUAGUGGAAUCAUCGCUGGUGGUGCCAACGUCAUGCCCAAGCUCUGCACCAAGAUUUGGGAUCUCUACGCCGAGGGUAAGAAGGAAGAGGCCGCCGCCCUGCAAAAGGUACUGAGCAAGGGCGACUGGCCCUUGACCAAGGCCGCGAUUGCCGGCACAAAGCAGGCUAUUCAGACAUAUUACGGGUACGGAGGAUACCCUCGGCAACCCCUGAAGCGCCUGACAAAGGCUCAGGUUGCUGCCAUUGAGGAGGGCACCCGUGAGGCCAUGAAGGUUGAGCUGAGCCUGUGA